AAAAAUAUUUUUAACAAAAAUUCUAAAGAAAAAAAAAUUGCAUAAUAAAUUGACGUAAGUCCCAAUAAUAAUUACUAGAAAAAUUGUAAGAUUUGGAACCAGCGAUUGCCUAAAAUAUUUUACGUAAUCAAUCGAGCAGAACGUUCACUUAAGCAUCUGAAUAAGUCGACGUUAACUACAACUAAGCUCACAAAAAAUAUCCUAUAGAAUUAUUAAAAGAUGCGUGAAAUAGUACAUAUUCAAGCUGGACAAUGCGGUAAUCAGAUUGGCGCUAAGUUUUGGGAGGUAAUUUCAGAUGAACAUUGCAUUGAUGCAACUGGGUGUUAUUAUGGCGACAGUGACUUGCAACUGGAGCGUAUUAACGUAUACUACAACGAGGCAACGGGCGCAAAGUAUGUUCCCCGCGCAAUUUUAGUUGAUCUUGAACCAGGAACAAUGGACUCUGUUCGUUCAGGAGCAUUCGGUCAAAUAUUUCGUCCUGAUAAUUUUGUGUUUGGUCAGUCAGGCGCUGGAAAUAAUUGGGCUAAAGGUCAUUACACCGAGGGUGCGGAAUUGGUUGAUUCCGUGUUGGAUGUCAUUAGAAAGGAAGCAGAAGGUUGCGAUUGUUUACAAGGUUUUCAAGUUGUGCAUUCACUUGGUGGAGGUACGGGUUCGGGCUUAGGAACCCUUGUAAUAUCAAAACUGCGUGAGGAAUUUGCUGAUCGUGUUAUGCUCACGUUUUCUGUAUUUCCUUCACCAAAAGUGUCAGAUACUGUCGUGGAGCCCUACAACUGUACACUCAGUAUGCAUCAACUUCUGGAAUAUACUGAUGAAACAGUUUGUAUUGAUAAUGAAGCGUUAUAUGACAUAUGUUUCCGUACUCUUAAACUUACAACUCCCACUUAUGGUGAUCUCAACCAUCUAGUAUCGGCUACAAUGUCUGGGAUAACAACUUGUCUACGCUUUCCUGGCCAAUUGAAUUCGGAUUUACGUAAAAUUGCUGUUAACAUGGUUCCGUUUCCACGUCUACACUUUUUCGUGCCUGGUUUUGUACCGCUUACUUCACGCGGUUCACAACAAUAUCGUGCCUUAACAGUUCCGGAAUUGACUCAACAAAUGUUUGAUGCUAAAAACAUGAUGACCGCUUGUGAUCCACGACAUGGACGUUACUUAACUGUAGGUGCAAUAUUUCGUGGCCGAAUGUCUAUGAAAGAGGUUGAUGAACAGAUGCUUAAUAUUCAAAACAAAAACAGUAGUUACUUUGCCGAGUGGAUUCCCAAUAACUGCAAAACGGCAGUCUGUGAUAUUCCCCCCCGUGGUCUAAAAAUGUCAGCUACUUUCUUAGGCAAUACUACAGCUGUUCAGGAAGUUUUUAAGCGUGUUUCUGAACAAUUUACCGCUAUGUUUCGUCGCAAGGCUUUCCUUCAUUGGUAUACAGGCGAGGGUAUGGAUGAAAUGGAAUUUACUGAAGCUGAAAGUAAUAUGAAUGAUGUCAUUGGAGAAUAUCAACAGUACCAAGAAGCCACAGCCGAUGAGGAAGGCGAGUUUGAGGAGGAUGAAGAGGGUGGUGCAGAAUAAUUAUUUUAGAAAAUUAUUGUUUAUUUAACUUGUUAUUGACAUUAAAUUUCCAUAUGUACAAAAAUUAC